CAGACCCAAAAACAAAAGAGAAAAAUUGUGCAUAUAGACAAAUUAAGUAGAAUUUAUACUAUCCAACAUAGUUCAACUUAAAUUCAACCAAGAAAUGGGUACAAAAAAAGGAAAAAAAUUAAAUGUUAUUGAGUGAUUGGUAGUUAAGGAACUUAUGGUGUUAGGCUGUCUGAAAAAAGAAGCAGUUAAAGAGUCUUUGAGUACAAUGACUUAAACAGGAAAAUGUCAGUCCCAUUAUAACCUCUCAAAACCAAACACAAACACAUUACAAUCUCUUCUUCUUCUCUGACAUAAUGGUGGUUUGAGCAAAGCUUUUUUUUGCAGAAGAUAUAAUGGGCAAAACAAGCAAGUGGAUUAGAAAUUUCUUAACAGGAAAGAAAGAGAGAACAAAGGAAAAGAUUAGUCAGAGCGAGUGUGGGUUCACUUCUACGAUUCCAGGCACUCCUAAAGAGAAACGUCGAUGGAGUUUCAGACGUUCUUCUGCCACUGGACCACCAGCUUGUGUUUUUACUCCCAGAGAUUCAUCUCCACCGCCUCAACCGCCACCGCCACAGCCAUUUGUGGUCGCAAUCGUGGACAGCGAAGAGAGCAAGAUCAAGAACGCUUCAGCCGCAGAGAUUGAAGUGGAUGUUGAAGAAAUUGCAGCAGUGAAGAUUCAGGCCUGCUUCCGUUCUCAUUUGGCGAGGAAAGCAUUAAGAGCAUUAAAAGGGUUAGUGAAAUUACAAGCACUUGUGAGAGGUCAUUUGGUGAGGAAACAAGCAACAGCUACACUUAGAUGUAUGCAAGCAUUGAUUACACUUCAAGCCAAAGCUCGAGAACAGAGGAUUCGUAUGAUUGGAGGAGAUUCAACCACAAAUCCAAGAACAUCAAUUCAUAAAACCCGAAUGAACAACAUUUACCACGAGAAUGAAGAAAACAUCAAGAUUGUGGAAAUGGACAUUCAAUCCAAAAUGUACUCUCCGGCUCCUUCUGCUAUAACCGAGAUGAGUCCUCGAGCGUAUAGUAGCCAUUUCGAGGAUUGUAACUCGUUCAACACAGCACAAAGCAGUCCUCAGUGUUUCAGAUUCAAAGAAUAUUAUAAUGGAGAUUCUUUGUCUUCUUACGAUUACCCUCUCUUCCCAAACUACAUGGCUAAUACUCAGUCUUCUAAAGCCAAGGCUCGGUCUCAGAGUGCGCCGAAGCAGAGACCUCCUGAGAUCUAUGAGAAGCAGACGAGCGGGAGGAGAAGAUCUUCAAUGGAAGCACCGAGGAACGGUGUACCUAGAGCAGUACGGAUGCAGAGAUCUUCAUCUCAGUUAGGUCCAGCAACAGCCAAAGAAAGUCAACAUCAUCAUCAGUAUCAGUAUCAUCCGUGGAUGGCGAUUAAGCUCGAUAGAUCUAAUAUUUCGCUGAUGGAGAGCGAAUGUGGAUCCACCAGUACCAUUAUGACCACUAACACCAACUAUGGUGGUAGACAUGUUGAUGUUCAAGGGAACAGCAUGUACUGAAAAGUCUGGUUUAGGAAUUUUAAAGUGAUUUGAUCAAAUAGACAAGCCUAGAAACCGAAGAGACAAUGAUGAAGAUUCAACAAAGUACAAAUUCUUAUAUGUAAUGCAAAACUGUAGUAGAAGAGACAUCUUGUCUUCAAACCUUGUUUCUUCCCUUCUGUCUUUAUCAUUCGCAUUAACGUUAUAAUGUUUUUGGAUAAUUUGACUAGUGUUUGUAAAAUCCAUGAUACCAUGUUGGUCAUCUCCUAUGGCGGCGCUGAAACCAGAGCCAGCACCAAAAGAAUUGUAUAUCCAACCAAAUUAUAAUACAGUAUACAGAUUUAUUCAAUUUCACUAGGCAGCAAACCGGA